AUGCAUACGGAAGCGAAGGAUACAUCGUGUACUAUUCACGUAUCGUUGUAUCGAUAUGAACCUCUUAAAAAUACUUCAUUUUCAAAACAUAAAAAGAAUUGUAAAAAAGACAAAGAGGGAAGAGAUAACAAGGAGGUAAUAAAAAAGACAACAAAAACACGAGAAGUCUCUGGUCGUGCCAAGUUAGAUAUAAAACUGCCUACUGGUUUUAAGUUUAAAUUCUACUCAAAAACUCAGAAUGGAACUGAAUUCCAAGCUGAACUGGUAAAUCUAUACGUAUCAAAUAAAAAUGCCGUCCAACGUCAAGGGAGAACAGUGAAGAAAAAGCGACAAACCAAUGAGAAUGUUGUUACCAGAGACCAAACAACAACUAUUGAUAAGAAUAUACCAGAUAAUUCACAUCCUCGACAACUGAACAAUAGUCACAGCUUUCAUGACGGAAAUCUGGGUCAGUCAAUACAGUUUCAAAAUGCUAGUGCUGGUUCCUGUAGAACUAGAAAAGAACAAGCAAAAGGCUCGAGUAUGGCCAACGCAUACAGGGGAGAAGAAAUAAGACUCAAGUCGUAUAGCACUGAAGAAAUAUACAUAGAUCAAGAAACAUGUUUACUGAUAUCACUGAAAUAUUCGAAAGGAAAUAUGCAACGUAGAAAAACGUGCACACUCUUGAUUAGCAGAGACAAAAUGUAUUCACCGUCUGCGUUUUUGCAGAAAGUACAAGGACAAGGACUAGAGGAAUUUGACCAAGCUAUAUAUGUUACAGCAUUUUCUGAAACAGACGGUUACCUCAAUAUUGAAUUUAUGAAAGGUAUAAGUAAAGAGUUGGCAAUCUCAAUUGCAAAGGUGAUCCAAAAUAAUGGUUUAGAACUGAUGAGACUAGCAGAUAUUCUUCGUUUAUUCGAAACAAAUGACCUUUUCGAACAGUCCAACUUGCUGUGGUCAGACUUCAGUCCGGACGAUUCAAUUACGGGCCCGGGGAAAGAUAACGAUAACUAUCUUAAUGACAUUAAUGAUAAUAGUUUUCAGAAUAAUGGUGUGGAUGCUUAUCAGGAAAGUGCGGACCGGCCUAUUCAACAUCAUGUAAAUAACAACACAGAUAAUGAUGCUUUACUUAAUGAUAGAAACAAGUUUUUUGAACUGAAAACGCUAAACGUUAAUAACAAUAAUAGAGAAAAGGAAUUGCACAAUAAUACAGGGUUACGUACGCAAUGGACUGACCGUUUGAAAAUGAAAAAUUCUAAAGUAAGAACACAAUCAAAGCCAGUCCGAGAAUUAAAAAUAUACUUGCAAUCAGUAGAAGUUGACUUUGCGGGUUUAGUAAAUGAAUAUUUUGAAGAUAAUAUGAUACGACAAGCAGUUUAUGGGUUCUGUAGUCCAGAUGUAACUCGGCGAAAUAAGACUUCAUUUGAUAGACCGAAUGUACCAUGGCCUAGUAUGCACCCACUCUUACCCUACAAACUACGAUAUCUGGACGAAAACGAGGAAACAUCACACUGGCAUCGUAACCCGGAACUGCAUGAUGAAGUUCAGAAUGAUCCAAAUGCUGAAAAUCUAGACAAUUACUCUAGUGGUGUCGAUACUGACCAAUAUGAUAGUUGUACUAGUGAAUGUACAGACGAAAUUGACAAUGAUAGUGAUCAAGAUGAUGGUUGAUAACCCGUUAAUAGUCUCUUUAACGAUUAUGUUAAAGUGUAUUUGAUAAUUGAUAGUCUCUUAAACGAUUAUGUUAAAUGUGUAUUUGAUAAGUCUGAAAGGCUUAAUACGAUCUAAGUUAAACAAAAUACCCAACCAACUGUAAAUGUACAUUUUCAAGCGUUUUUUCUUCUUUAUUGGAAUGUUUUACCCAUUAAAGGGUCUAUUUUGUAGUCUGAUUCAAUUAAAGGUACUGUUCAUA